UUUCAGUAACGCCGUAGCCUCACCAUAAGCCACAUCAGGCACUGGCAGGCUAGCCCGAGGAGAGUUUGGUUAAAGUUAACAACUGUCUUAACUGGACAUUUGUAAAUAUAAACAAUUUUUUUUAAAUUUUUAUUUCAAACCGAUUAACGUACAUAUCAUACAAGAAUGUCAGGGUCUGAAUCUAGCUUCAUCCACAACACCACAACAACGUCGGAGCCGCCACCUUCACGACGACAUCGUUCAAGAGCGUUACUCUAUAUCAUCUUUGCCGUCUCAUUGAUCUCCAAUGUUGUUUUAGCUGUCAUCUUCGGCAUCCACACGCUGAAGCCAAGAUUGUCUCACCAAAGGAACACGGACGCAUCUUCUGUUAAGCUUGACCAUGUGGGGUCAAAUGCUGAUGUGUGUUUUACUUGUGGUCAGCUGGGUCCACUGGUCGAAUCUCAGGACACUCCCUAUGACGUCAUUCGAACCUCUGGUCAUCAUAUAUGCUGUCAAAGAAACAAAGUUGACGUCACAGAAAUGUUCAAGAAGAUGAUCGUAGACGAGUUCUCCAGACGAACUUCAGGGUCGGACCAAUUGGACUCUCAUGCCAUAAAGAAGGGCAACCGUGACGUCAUUCACUCAGGAUCCACAGGGGCACAUCUAGUCAUGGUUCCAAUCAAAGGGUCGCCGCCAGCAUGGACAGCCCACGAUGACUACCACGUGACCUUCUGUGCCAAUGUCGCAUGCGAUAACGGAACGAUCUGGGUACGAGACGCUGGGAUCUACCUCGUGUACUCGCACAUCACACUUAACGUGACACGUGGCUCCACAUACACCAUCUUCACACACAGAAUGCACCUUACCAGACGGAACAUGCCUCCCAAACAGCUUCUGAUGAGUAAGACCUCAUUCACACGAACAGCAUCUCCACAGCGAAACUCUUUUCUCUCCGCCGUUUUGAAACUCGAAGAACGCGAUGCCAUCGGCGUCUAUAUACCUGAUCAAAACACUGAUCUGGUCGAGAAGGGUGGGUUUUCAAACUACAUGGGUAUAUUCAAAUUGUGAGGUGAGGUGGGGAAAUGAGGAAUAAAGACUAUUAUUGCACUUGUAUAGCAACGUGAGAAUGUUCAACAUGGAUGUCUUGCCAUCCUGACACUGGUAUAGCUUUGUUGUUGUUUUUCAAUGGAUACAUUUUGUAUGUAUUUAAGAUUGCAUGUGAACUAUAUUCUGUAAACUUAUUGAUUGUGUACUCCAAAAAGAAAUAACAUAACCCACAAAAAAUAUUAAGUGGUACACAUUGGACAUAUCUUUUCUUAACGUACAUACUUCUCUAUAUAUUGCUACAAAUGGUUCGCAUUUAUUUUCUUCCAUACAUAUAUAUACUGCCAUCAAAGAAUCAAUGUUAGACUAUGAAGUAAAAAAAUAGUUUUUAGAACAAACAUGUUUGCAGCUGCAACGAUAUGCGAAAUUCAAGGUAUAAAACUGCUCACACACAGACACACACACAGACACACACACAGACACACACACACACACACACACACACACACACACACACACACACACACACACACACACACACACACACACACACACACACACACACACACACACACACACACACAUACAUACACACACUAUGCUUUACCUUUUCUUCUUCUAGUAUAGCUUGGGGCGGUCGGGUAGCCUAGCGGUUUAAGCAUUAUCACGCCGAAGACCCGGGUUCGAUUCCCGACAUGGGUACAAUGCGUGAAGCCCAUUUCUGGUGUCCCCCGCUGUGAUAUUGCUGGAAUAUAUUGCGUCAAACCAUACUCACUCACUCACUCAAGUAUAGCUUACAAUUACUAGAUAGAUUAUAUAGCACUUUCUACUCUUUUCAGGCCUUAAAUCCUUCUUUCAAUAUUCACCUCUCUUAAUAUAUUACCAUUUAACUUAUCUUUUCUUUUCAUAUUUUAAUACACUUGUUGUACAUUAUAGCCGUGGGAUUAGGUUUAUUUCCCUCUCACUAACAGUUUUUGAGGUAUGGUGUUUACCUCUAUUAAAAUAUUAUUUAUUUUUUAUUUUCCCCACCUACCCCGACUGCGAAAUUGCCAGUGGUAGAAGCGGUCGUUAACCCCCCAAAACACUACAGUACAGUACAGUGAGGUGAGUUGAAAUGG